AUGCCUGCAUUAUUGUCAAGAAUGGCCCAACGCCUUGUUAUUGCUUCACCAAGAAUGAUGGCGACUGCUGCCAGUAUGCAACCAGCUGCUGUACCAGAAAAAGAAUAUGACCCAAAAAAGACUUUUUAUGUGAGUUAAAUCCUUCUUCAAGAUAUCUCAAUGCAUUCUGAAACUUUCUUUUAGCACAAAGAUUUGGAAAUCCAACUUGCUUCACCAUCUCAACUUCAUCCAAAACCAACUGAUCCAACCAAGCUCAAAUUUGGACAUACUUAUGCUGAUUAUAUGAUGACUUGCGAUUGGGAUCAAGACAAAGGAUGGCAUGCACCAAAAAUUGAGCCAAUUGCUGAAUUGAAAAUUCACCCAGGAGCCAAGGUAAGGAAGAGCAAAAAAUUACGGAAAUAAAAGAGAAAUUUAUCUAUAUUUUUUUGAUAAGAAAAAAUGACCAAUGAGGUUUUUGUUUCAAUGAAUCCUUGAGCAAAGAAAGCUUUGAAAUAUUCAAUAUGCCUUUCAAAUUUCUUCAAAAUUCACAUCUGAUUCCCGGAGAACAGUUUCUGAUGUCUUUUCAAUAUUUCUUAUCAGAAAACCAACAAAAAAACAUUCCAAAAAUGUCUAUCAUAUACGAAAUCAUCUUUUGAUGCUGUACACUUAUUGAUGUUAUCAAUGAAAGUUGACGAAACAAAAAAAAUUGUUCCAUGACCGGCCUCAGCGCCAAAAAUACAUCAUACGAUUCUGUCAACUUCUACGAUUUCUUAUCAAAAGUUCCAAACUUUUUUUUUUCGUCGACUUUUUCUCCGAAAAACUCUUAUCUGUCAAUCAGUGAUGAAAAAAGGAAAAAAAAGUAGCUAAAUCAUCAUGAUCUUCAAAGAUGAUGCAAGGUCUCCAAGUGUUGCCAACAUAUGUUGACCUUUUGUCAAAAAAAGAUAUCAAAAUUCAAUGAGAAAAAAUAUCUGUGUUUCAGGUUUUGCACUACGCCAGUGAGCUUUUCGAAGGAAUGAAAGCCUAUCGUGGAGUUGACAACAAAAUCCGCAUGUUCCGACCAGAUAUGAAUAUGAUGAGAAUGAAAAGAACUGCUCUUCGUGCUGCUCUUCCAGUGAGUUGUUUUUUUCUUGUUUUUAUUAUUCGUUUUUCGUCUUUCGAGUUUUACGGUCUCGUGACGAGUGAAAACUAAUCUAGUCUAAUCUAAUUUUUUUCUCAAGAAAGACAAAAAAUACGUCGAAAAAAAAGAACAGAAAGUCAAUUAACUUGGUCUCUUGGGAGAAUCUCUUACAGCUAAUUAGUUUUUGUUUUUCUUUCAGAAUUUCGAUGGGGAGGAGAUGAUUCAAAUCUUGUCAGAGAUGUUGAGACUCGAUUCUGAAUGGGUGCCAAAUUCCGAUGUUUGUUCAUUGUAUAUGAGACCAACAUUGAUCGGAACUGAUGUAAGAAAUACAGUAGAAAAAUGAGAAAAUCAGAGAAAAACAUGAAUAUUUUUUCAGCCAACCCUUGGAGUUGGAUGUCCAUCGGCCGCUAAAAUGUUUGUGAUUACUGGACCAGUCGGAGCAUAUUAUUCCACUGGAUUCCAACCAGUUUCACUUCUUGCUGAUUCUCGUUUCAUUCGUGCGUUCCCAGGAGGAGUUGGAGCAUACAAAAUGGGAUGCAAUUACGCGCCAACAAUUUGGGUUGGAAAAGAAGCUGCUAGCAAGAAUUGUCAACAAGUAUUGUGGUUGUAUGGAGAAAAUGAGGAUUUGACCGAAGUCGGAACCAUGAAUAUCUUCCUUUUCUGGAAAAAUGAGCAAGGAGAACUUGAACUCAUCACUCCACCACUUCAUCGUGGUUUAAUUCUUCCAGGAGUCACACGUGACUCUUUGUUGGAAUUGGCUAGAGAAUGGGGAGAAUAUAAAGUCACUGAAAGAACAUUGAACAUGCACGAAGUUAAAAAAGCAAUCUCAGAAAACCGAUUGUUCGAAAUGUUUGGAUCUGGAACUGCUUGUGUUGUUUCGCCAGUUGGAAAAAUUCUCUACCAUAAUAAAGCUACUGAUGAAUAUGAAGAUUUGAUGAUUCCAACAAUGAGCAGCAAAUAUGGAAUUAUGCAAAAAUUCUAUGACACAAUCAACAACAUUCAAGUGAGUUUCAUUCAACAAAUGAUUAUUAUUUAAAACCAUUUGACUUUUUCAGUAUGGCCGAAUUGAACGAGAAGGAUGGAUGCGUGAAAUUUGA